AUGGUGCUCCAAAUCAACGAAGCGGGCCUCCAGUUGGAGAGCUCGCCCAAAGCGACGGCGGGCUUGCCAAUGCAGGCGUUUGCCAUCAAUCUCAGCGACAGCGUCCUCGAGGGCAUGAUUGCCUGCGUGCAGAGUGGCCAAGAGAUCAAGUUGGCGUUGGGCAACACUCCCACGUUGGUCUACGGAUCAUCUACCCAUCAACUGCCCCGAAAUGCCGAUUUUCAGCCCUACGACCUGUACAUGACGGACCCAAGCGAAUCGUCGAGGGUAGCAGAGAGACUACCCAACCCCGCUCAGUCUUUAUUCAAGAAACCUGAGCUCACAAAUACAUUUGGCAAUGAGCGUGCAAGGACCGGUGCCUCGCCACCAGCAGGCCGAAAGGCUGAGACUGGCCUGGAUGCAGACAUCGCUGCUCUCCAAAGCUCUCUCGCGCAAGCCAGUGCUGACAAGAAGGAGAACUCGACUGCCGUACUCGAAGGACCCCCGCCGAGCACGAAGCGUGGUGUCAACGGCCUCAAGGUCGGCAAGAAAUCGCUCGCAAGCAAGACAGCCUCAUACAGCACUUCGACUACACGCUCCCUACCCACGAGUCCAGCAUUGAGUGCUAUUGGAUCACCUUCCAUGGGUGCCGGUUCCGUGUCGCAGCAGGCAGCCGAGAAGUCGAAACAGGCACGGUCUCCAAUCAUUCACGAGCUGGCCUUCCGAGAACAGAACUACGACUCCCUGUGGAACAAAUACCCUGGCUCCUCAGAAGACGAUUUCAAGAUCGCCCUCGAAAAGGUUGCGGAUCUGGACAAGGACACGAGGAAGUACGUGCUCAAGAAGAUGUACUGGAAGGAGCUGGACGUCUGGAACCACGAAUAUGCCAGCGGCGAGGAACGUCAACAGGCAAUCGACCACGCGGUCCGACAAUACGACAAGAUGAGGCUUACUGCAUCGGAGCCCGAAUGGGACCGGCUCCUGCCCCGCGAAGAGAGGGGCAAGGGCAAGUGUUUGAGCAUCAAACAAGCAACGAUUGCGAGAGGUCCCGCGGCACCGAAGAUCAAGGUUCAAAAGGCGGAAGAUUCCAGCGGCGACUCAAGCAGCAACAAGGACGACAGCGAGGAUAAGUCGAAGUCAAUCAAGGCUGGAGAGGCUAUGGUCAGGUCUUCUUCUCAGCCGCUGCCGGGCAAAUCCAAAAAGAUCAGCGAGCGGGAGGCUCAGACCAAACGUUUACUGUCCAACAAAAAGGCCCCGGCCGCCAAGGCUUCUCCCAAGACGUCUCCGACCAAGCCAGCUACGAAAGCAACAAACUCCACUAACACCAUGGGCAAGUUCAAGUCCAAGGAGUUCAUCAGCGACUCUGAUAGUUCUUCUGACGAGGCGCCCCUGUCGACGACUGUACCGCUCUCCAAGUCGUCGAAGCCUCCCCCUGAGAAAAAGGUGGAGAAACCGGUCAGGGACACAUUGCCACCCAAACCCAAGCCAGCUGAGAAGGAGACGGCAAAAGGUCUGCCCAAGAAGCCAGUACGCGAGACAGUGCGCGAAAUGCUGCGCGAUUCACCCAAGGAGCCUGUGAGGCGGGUAGUCUCCAAGCCGCAGCCUGUGAAGAGGGCCAGGGACGACGAUGAUAGCAGCUCGAGUUCCGGUACACCUCUGAGCAAACGGUUCAAGUCAAAGGAGAUCAAGGUUGCGCCUCCCGUGCAGUCUUACAAGCACCGGCCCUCGGACGCAAGUCAGCACUCGCGAGGUACUAGCUCGGGAGCUUCUUUGAACAAGUCAAAGAACACGUCGCCGGCGAAGUCGUCCCCACUCGCGUCCUCACCGCCAACGAAUGCCUCAGACCUCGAGCAAGGCGACGAGCGCAUCAUCGUUGCCAAAAAGCGGAGACUCGACCAGGAUUCCGACUCUCGUUCCAAGCGUCAGCGAUUUUCCUCGGACCUUGUCAACAAGGCGGUCAAGUUCAAGCUCUGCUACGAGAAGUAUGAGGCUCUGCAUAGAGAGAUGGUGGGACUGGAUAAUCCACCGAAGGAUAAGAUGGAUGACUUGUUGGAUAUGCGACAGCGUCUACAGGAGAUGAAGACGGAGAUCUACCGAGAGGCUGAGAAAUAG